GGUUAAGUGGAGCUAGAGAGCUACAUUGUAACCUAGUUGGAUUUUUGGGGGGGGGGGAAUGUAUGAGAAUCUAACGUGUCGUUAAUAGAAAGAAGAACAGGCAAGAAGUGGUCCAGCCGGCGAAGUUGCAGAUCUGACCUCUUCUGAACACGUGGCCGUGUCUCCAUCCCUGGGACUCUGAACCCAGCAGCUGGACCACUUUGUCCUUGGGAUUUUGGACGACCUCUCUUCUCACCCUUCCCUUUUCCCCUCUUCCAUCCCACCUCCUGAGAACUCCUGAAGACUGUAGGAUUGUCAUGGAGUCCAGGGAGAUCUUAAGCAGCUCCCGGCAAAGGGGGGACGAGUCGGAAUUCCUGCCUGUCUCCUCGGCCAAGCCCCCAACUGCUCCUGGCUGUGCAGGAGAACCUUUGCUCUCUGCUCCGGGAACUGGGAAGGGGAUCCCAGUGGGCGGAGAACGCAUGGAGCCAGAGGAGGAGGAUGAACUGGGCUCAGGGCGGGAUGUGGAUUCCAACUCAAACGCAGACAGCGAGAAGUGGGUUGCAGGAGAUGGCCUGGAAGAACAGGAAUUUUCUAUCAAGGAGGCAAACUUCACAGAGGGGAGUCUGAAGCUGAAGAUUCAGACCACCAAGCGGGCUAAGAAACCCCCAAAGAAUCUGGAGAACUAUAUAUGCCCACCUGAGAUCAAGAUCACCAUAAAGCAAUCUGGCGACCAGAAGGUGUCCCGUGCUGGGAAAAAUAGCAAAGCCACGAAGGAGGAGGAAAGAAGCCACUCCAAAAAGAAGCUCCUCACAGCCAGUGACCUUGCAGCCAGCGACCUCAAAGGAUUUCAGCCACAGGCUUACGAGCGGCCACAGAAACACUCAAAUCUCCACUAUGACCCAGGCCUCCCACAGGACGUCACCAGUGACACCUUAAAACCAAAGCACCAGCAAAAAAGCAGCAGCCAGAACCACAUGGACUGGUCCACCAACUCUGACAGUGGACCUGCCACUCAGAAUUGCUUCAUCAGUCCAGAGUCUGGCAGAGAAACUGCAAGCACCAGCAAGAUCCCCGCUCUUGAGCCCGUGGCUUCCUUUGCAAAGGCCCAGGGUAAGAAAGGCAGUGCAGGGAGCACGUGGAGUCAGCUGUCCAACAGCAAAGAUCUGCUCUUGGGAGGUGUGGUCCCAUCCCCAGGCAGCCACAGCUCCCCAGCCCCACCCAGCAGCUCUGUCGAGUGCAACGGACUUCAGCCCUUGGUAGAUCAAGAUGGAGGAGUUGCAAAGGAGCCCCCAGAACCACCUACCAUAGGCAGCAAGAAAAAGUCCAGUAAAAAAGAUGUGAUAAGUCAAACCAUAGCAAACCCAGACCUGGACUGGGUCAAGAAUGCCCAGAAAGCAUUUGACAAUACAGAAGGGAAAAGGGAAGGCUACCCUGCAGAUAAUGCCCAAGAGGCAUCACCAGCCAGGCAGAAUUCGAGUUCUGUCAGUAAUCCUGAAAAUGACUCAAGUCAUGUCCGGAUUACUAUCCCUAUCAAGGCACCCUGUCUAGAUCCAACCAGCCAUAAGAGGAAAAAGAGACAGUCCAUCAAAGCAGUGGUAGAAAAGAUCAUGCCAGAGAAAGCCCUGGCUUCUGGAAUCACUAUGAGCAGUGAAGUGGUUAACAGGAUACUUUCCAACACUGAGGGAAAUAAGAAAGAUCCCCGGGUCCCUAAGUUGAGUAAAAUGAUAGAGAACGAGUCCCCCUCAGUUGGCCUUGAAACAGGUGGAAAUGCCGAGAAAGUCGUGCCAGGAGGCGUGUCUAAGCAGCGGAAGCCACCCAUGAUCAUGACGCCUCCAACAUGCACGGACCACUCUCCAUCGAGAAAGUUGCCAGAAAUCCAGCAUCCCAAAUUUGCUGCGAAACGGAGGUGGACGUGCAGCAAACCAAAGCCCACCAGUAUGCUCCGGGAGGCAGUCCUGGCCACCUCCGAUAAACUGAUGGUGGAACCACCGUCUGCCUACCCCAUCACCCCAUCCAGCCCUCUGUACACCAACACAGACAGUCUUACUGUGAUCACGCCCGUCAAGAAGAAGCGGGGGCGGCCGAAGAAGCAGCCUUUGCUCACGGUGGAGACGAUUCACGAGGGGACUUCCACCAGCCCGGUCAGUCCCAUCAGCCGGGAGUUCCCUGGCACGAAGAAAAGAAAGAGACGACGCAGUUUAGCUAAGUUGGCCCAGCUGGUGCCAGGACAGGACAAGCCCAUGAGCGAGAUGAUGUUUCACAAAAAAGUUGGAAAGCUUGGGGUGUUGGAUAAGAAGACCAUCAAAACCAUCAAUAAGAUGAAAACACUCAAGAGGAAAAAUAUCUUGAACCAGAUCUUGUCCUGCUCCAGCAACAUUGCUCUGAAGGCGAAAGCUCCCCCGGAGACCAGCCCCGGGGCAGCAGCAAUUGAGAGCAAAUUGGGCAAGCAGAUCAAUGUCAGCAAGAGGGGAACCAUCUACAUUGGCAAGAAGAGGGGCAGGAAGCCAAGAGCGGAGCUGCCACCCCCAUCUGAGGAACCCAAAACAGCCAUCAAGCACCCAAGGCCUGCUUCUAGCCAGCCGGACGUUCCAGCCGUGCCUUCCAACUUUCAGUCCCUUGUGGCAUCUUCACCAGCAGCUAUGCACCCACUUUCAGCACCGCUAGGUGGGUCAAAUGGCAACCUGAGCCCUGCCAGCACUGAAACCAAUUUUUCAGAGUCGAAAACUAUGCCAAAUCUCCAGCCCAUCAGUGCUCUUCCAACCAAAACCCAGAAGGGAAUCCACAGUGGAGCCUGGAAGCUGUCCCCACCCAGACUGAUGGCCAACUCGCCUUCCCACCUUUGCGAGAUCGGGUCACUCAAGGAAAUCACGCUGUCCCCUGUGAGCGAGUCACACAGUGAGGAGACGAUCCCAAGCGACAGUGGCAUUGGGACGGACAACAACAGCACAUCUGACCAAGCGGAGAAGGGUUCAGAAUCCCGACGGAGGUACUCUUUCGAUUUCUGCUCCCUGGACAACCCGGAGACCAUUCCGUCCGACACCAGCACAAAGACCCGGCAUGGCCACCGGCAGAAGCAUCUCAUGGUGGACAACUUUCUGGCCCACGAAAGCCUCAAGAAGCCAAAGCACAAGAGGAAACGGAAAAGCCUGCAGAAUCGUGAUGACCUUCAGUUUCUGGCAGACCUGGAAGAGCUCAUCACCAAGUUCCAGGUGUUCAGGAUCUCCCACCGGAGUUACACCUUCUACCACGAGAAUCCGUAUCCCAGCAUUUUUCGGAUUAAUUUUGAUCACUACUACCCGGUGCCAUAUAUCCAGUAUGACCCGUUGCUCUAUCUUCGCAGGACUUCAGACCUGAAGUCAAAGAAGAAGCGUGGUAGGCCUGCGAAAACCAAUGACACCAUGACAAAGGUGCCUUUUUUACAAGGGUUCAGCUACCCUAUUCCCAGUGGAAGUUACUAUGCACCCUAUGGAAUGCCUUACACAUCAAUGCCUAUGAUGAACCUUGGUUAUUACAGUCAGUACCCAGCUCCCUUGUACCUAUCACACACACUCGGAGCCGCUUCCCCGUUCAUGAGGCCGACAGUGCCACCUCCUCAGUUCCACACAAGCUCCCACAUGAAGAUGUCGGGGACAGCGAAGCAUAAAGCAAAGCAUGGAGUCCACCUGCAGGGACCUGUCGGCAUGGGUCUCGGUGACAUGCAGCCGGCCCUGAAUCCUCCCAAGGCGGGUGGCACCGGUCUGGCCAGCGGUCGGCUCCACAAGAGAAAACACAAACACAAGCAUAAGCACAAGGAAGACCGGAUCCUGGGGACCCAUGACAACCUGAGUGGUCUCUUCGCAGGCAAAGCCACGGGCUUCUCCAGCCACAUCCUGAGCGAGCGGCUGGGUGGUGCAGACAAGGAGCUCCCAUUAGUGAGUGAGAAGAAUAAGCAUAAAGAGAAGCAGAAGCACCAGCACAGUGAAGCCGGCCACAAAGCUUCCAAGAACAACUUUGAGGUGGACACCCUGUCUACACUGUCACUUUCUGAUGCCCAGCAUUGGACCCAGGCCAAGGACAAAGGGGACUUGAGCGGCGAGCCUGCGGACUCGUGCCCAAAAAGGUACUCCGGCAGCGGGGGCGACAGUGGCGGCACCAGACCCGAGAGCCUGGACGUGUUCAGUGACAUGAACCCUUCGAAUGACAAGUGGGACAGUGACAUGAGCGGGAGUAAAAGGAGGAGCUACGAAGGCUUUGGGACAUACAGGGAAAAGGACAUCCAAGCCUUCAAGACGAAUCGCAAGGAGAGGAGCUCCUACGACUCCUCCCUGUCUCCAGGGAUGCCAAGUCCCCACCUAAAAGUGGACCAAACGACACCACAUAGUAAGAAUGAGGGCUCCGCGUCCACCAUGAUGACCAGGAAGAAGCCAGCCGCGGUUGACAGCGUGGCAAUCCCCCCGAGCCCAGUGCUGUCGCUCCUUGCUGCAUCUGCAGCCACGUCUGAUGCAGCCAACUCCUCCCUGAAAAAGCGAUUCAAGCGGCGGGAGAUCGAGGCCAUCCAGUGCGAGGUGCGCAAGAUGUGCAACUACACCAAGAUCCUGUCCACCAAGAAGAACCUGGACCACGUGAACAAGAUCCUGAAGGCCAAGCGGCUGCAGAGACAAUCAAAGACAGGCAACAACUUCGUCAAGAAGAGGAGAGGGCGUCCCCGAAAGCAGCCCACCCAGUUCGACGAGGACUCCAGAGACCAAAUGCCGGUGCUGGAAAAAUGCAUCGACCUUCCCAGCAAGAGGGGGCAGAAGCCGAGCCUGAGCCCGCUCGUCUUGGAGCCAGCGGCCACCCAAGACACCAUCAUGGCCACCAUCGAGGCGGUCAUCCACAUGGCCCGGGAGGCGCCGCCCCUGCCCCCGCCACCGCCGCCACCCCUCCCGCCCCCGCCGCCGCCACCGCCGCCCCCACCCCUGCCCAAGACCCCCCGAGGAGGAGGGAAGAGGAAACACAAACCCCAGCCUCCCGCCCAGCCCCCGCAGCAGCCGCCCCCGCAGCAGCCCCUGCCCCAGGAAGAGGAGGUGAAGGCCAAAAGGCAGAGGAAGUCCCGAGGGAGUGAGAGCGAUGGCCUUCCCUAGGGUGGGUCUGGGCGUCUGGACCUGGGGCCGGGGGAACUGACAUAUUGGGGAGUGCAGGGAGCCGGGCUGGGGCGGAAUCCCACGCUGCAGGGACACCGAUGCCCCUCUCUCCUGAAGCUGGGCAGGCACAAUCGAGCCAGAUGACGGGGUGGAUCCAUCAGUAGCUCUUGGGAAAGCAAAGCAGGGGGACGCCUUCAAAAGAAGCUUGUCUAUGCUUUACAGCAGUUCCAAACCACGCGGCACUUCAGUAUGGCUCGAUCCUUUGCAGGUGAGCAGAAGACCAAGGAGGAGGAGAAAGAGCCGGUAGUGCUCUCUGACAGCCACCUGACCUCCUGCAUCCAAGGUGCGUCUCUGAUUCCAUUGCAUUUGCUGGCCAGGAAAAUUGAAAGGGAAGCACCCUCAAUUAGGAAACAUUCCAAGGGGAGAAAAGCUGCAGAUUUCUCGACUGGCUUUGUUGUAACCCAUUUCCAUUUAAUUGGUUUUUUACUUUUAUUUUGGUUUUUCCAAGCUUGGCUAGGCUUUGGGGCACCAACAUCAUCUUCAGGUGACCUGAAUCUUUCCAUUAACCAUACAGUUUCUCAGAUGGAUUCGUCAUCAGAAGGUGGAAUUCUAGUGACAGGCAACCUUAGACAGGCAUUCAUAUUCUUCUGUAUGCCUCCUCUAUACCACACACUGAUAUUUAGCGUAGUCAGUUCCUAGUUUUCCUUUUGCCCAUUGUUACUUCCAUAUACCUUUUCAUUAACUUACUUGCUGCCUUCUUUUCCUUGGUACACACCUAAAUAAUGUAAACUUUAUGUGUGUUGUAAUGUUCACCCUUGGCAUGCUGUCCCAAGGAACUUGGCUUUGAAUCCCAAUCAUUGUGAGACAGAUACUCAGUAUUGAUAGAGCCUUUUUAAUAAGUGAUUUAGAGCAGCCGAGGAUAUGUUGGCCGGGGUGUCAACCAGGUUAUUUUUAUACUUAAAACAUAUCAGCAGAGAAUAGGCAGAAUAAAAUGGUUUUAAUAAACCCACAGCAAAUGGAAUAACUGACAAAUCACCAAAAACUGAAACCCCAGACCCACCAGAAAGACAAACGUCUAGCAAUGCCUUGGUAUGUGAAUUUUCAUACAAGUAACUAUCAUAAUAGGUCGUUGAAAAAAGGAAACAAAAAGACAAUAGAAUAAGUCCAUUAUCUCUUGAUAAUUAUUUCUUAAAAGCAAAUGGGAGUAAGUGUUCUUAUUUG